AUUGGAGCAAAAGCUCGAAGAAAGGUUGGGAAAUUCGUUAUUGAAGAAUCUAACUUCUCAAAAAAGAUUUUCAAGAAACCACGAAACCAAUAUGAGUACGAUACGGUCUGUGAAGCCGAAACUAUGCUUCAAAAAGCUAUUCAGAAGGAUUCGAAGGAGAAGGUAACAGAGGUACAAGAGCUGUUAAAACUGAGGGCAUUUGUUCUAAGAGUCGUGGAAGAAGAAGAUUGGAAAGUGGCAGCAAAGAUACCAAAACCAACCCCUAUAGAGGAACCUGGAGAAGUAGAGGCAGUUCGUGGGCUCCCAGGCCAAGACGAAAUUAUUAUACACCCUACCUGUCCAGCUUACCAAAACUCGUAUAACAAAUCAGCAACAAAGCAGUUUAACUGCUAUUUUUGUGGUGGCGCUGGUCAUAUAGCAGCAGUAUAUCCAUCAAAAUCUGCAGAGGAACAAAAUAACAAUAAUAGCUGGCGAUACAGAUCAGAGCAGGGAGGUUGUAAGAAAAAUACACCAGCCAGCAGGCAUGAGAUAUUGGAUAGAAAAGAUAGGACCCCCGCCAGUAGUAGCUUGCUGGUUAAGGAACUUAGUGACCCUGUUUCCAAGAAAUAUAUAGAGCCUCGUCGAAAAAGGGGAUCCAAAAUCCUACAAACUAAUGGCAGAACAAAAG